AUGGCGCUGGAACUAGCGAAGACCGCAGAGAUAUCGAUCGCUGACUUCUUCGCGCGCGACGAUGCGCUGUCACGUCUGGAUCGGCUGCACCGCCGCACGCUUGAGGCCGUUGAGAAUGUUCUCAAGCCCCCGCGGCCGCAGGAAUUCACUCACAGUGUGCUAGACCUGGCAGUGCAGAAAGUAGUAGAAAAGCUGUCCUGGAAACUCAUGACGGAGGCUCACGCCACGCCCAGUAGCGUAGGCGUCCCAGCGCUACUGGACCUUUGUAUCGCAGGCGUGACCAGUGGAUUCCUGGUCAACAGCACACCGUACAAAGUGCUAGAAGAUCUAAUGGAAGGGCAGACCAUCAAUACGUGUGAGAAGGUGUGGGAACUGCUCGAAUCUCGCAAGGACAAGCUCACAACGCCCGCUUUCAUUGCUGAAAAAGGUCGUACUACCAAGGCCUCUCUGUGUCUACUGCGGAUGUGCAAUGCGCUGCUGCGUCGCUUGUCCAAGACCCACAACAGCGUGUUCUGCGGCAAGAUCCUCGUGUUCUUGUCGUUUACCUUUGCGUUGUCCGAGCGCUCGGCGGUGAACCUUACAGGCAAAGCCAAUGUGACUAAUGUGACGGUGUUCGAAGAUCAAGACGCGUUUGACUUGGCUGAGGCGACGGAUGUCGCCAAGGCAUCCGAAGUUGUGCCUGGACUGGAGAUUGACAGUGAUCCAAGUGCUGACGUCGGCCCGAUCGACUACAACCUGUAUCGCACCUUUUGGGACUUACAGAGCUUCUUCCGCGAGCAUCAGAUGGCCACGCAAUCGGCGGAGAACUGGGAGAAGUUUUUCACGGAGCUGAAUGUGGUGCUGGCAGCUUUUGAAGGCAACGCAUUCUCACCAGAUGACCUGGAGCGUUCACGAGACUUAAGCGGAGGCCCCAUCCACUCGGCAGAUGUGACCAUGCACGAACCUGACGGUGAUUCCAGCAAAAGCGCAACAGAACAGAACUCCCAGGAACACUUUUUCCAGCCCAAAUACCUGACCAACAGUCGUCUCUUCAGACUGCAGUUGCGCGAUCCGAUUCUGCGCGAGUGCAUGCUCACUCAGUUCCUCAUUCUGUUUAACGACUUGACAAGAGCCAAGCCUCCUGCAGGCAGCACCACUCCCAAGGCGAAGUUCGCUGAAUUGACGGAGCGUGUAGUGGCGUUGCUGAAGCAAACACCAUCAGAUGGAGAAGGCUUCAACGAGAUGGUGUCGGUCGUUCUGGAACGCGAGCGCAAUUGGGUCAAGUGGAAGCAGGAGAAAUGUCCGGAAUACGAAAAGUAUCCGUCGGCGGCGGAUAAAGAAUCUUCGACUUCUUCCAAGCCAGUGGUGAAACGUGCUCGACGUCAAUUAACCUCGCCGCUUCUGGAGCAGAUUCUGUCCGAGAGCUCGAAGCCAUCCCAAAUCUUGGAGAAAAUUAAAGGCAAAGAACGAGCUACCGAGGUGUCUUUGACAGCGUACACUGACCGCUUCAAAGAGGCGUGGGAUCCCGAGAAUGGUAUCGAAGAGGAGUAUUGGCCGGACAAGGAUGAGAUGGUUUGCUGGCGAACGAUGCGUGCUGCGAUGAAAGAAAGUGUGGGCCAUUUGGACUUGGCGGUCAAGGGUACGGGAACGCUGGUUAAAGGUAUCCUUGGACUUGAUACCAGCGAGGCGAUCAAAGAGUCUACGGAUGCUGCAGCCUCAACGCCCAAGGACGGUGGUGAUCACGUGAAAGAAGAACAAAACGAUGAGAAGGAGACUGACCGUGAUGCACCUACGGACAUUUCGACCGGGAUGAAACGAGAGCGAAGCGGCUCCCCGAAGAACGUACCAGUUAAACGUGAGCGAACGGGACGUGCUCGAGGCCGUGACGACGACGUCGAGGACGGAGAAGAAGCAUAA